AAUAUGGGAGGGGAAGUUGCCCAUGCCAAUUUUUUUCAUGGGCAAAAUUAUAGCAAUCCCUAUUUCCUGUGAAAAAAAAAUGUGAACUAUCUGCUGAACUUUUGUAAAUAAGCCCCUAAAAUCAAUAGUUGCAUGUCCUUUUUCUACAGGUGAUGUGUUCAUCCUUGUCUUCAGCAUAGACAACAGAGAAACAUUUGAUGAAGUCAAGAGACUAAGAAAACAAAUCUUGGAAGUAAAGUCAUGUGUCAAAAAUAAGGCAAAAGAAACUGGAGAAUUUCCCAUGAUGAUCUGUGGAAAUAAAAGUGAUUGUGGAGAGCAUCACCGCAAAGUGCGGACUGAAGAAGCAGAAAGGCUAGCCUCUGAAGAUGAAAAUUGUGCUUACUUUGAAAUUUCUGCAAAAAAGAAUAUUAACGUGGAUAAAAUGUUUCAGGUUCUUUUCAGUAUAGCCAAGCUUCCUAAUGAAAUGAGUCCUGCCCUUCAUAGGAAGAUCUCUAUGCAGUAUGGAGACACAUUUCAACAGAAGUCUUUUAGGUUAAGAAGGCUCAAGGAAAUGGAUGCCUAUGGCAUGAUAUCCCCUUCUGCUAGACGUCCUAGUGUCAACAGUGAUCUGAAAUAUAUUAAAGCAAAAGUUCUAGGAGAAGGACAGAGCCGGGACAGAGAGAAGUGCACUAUACAGUGA